CUACGCGCGUUUGUCACGGUUAAUUCUGUCGAUGAAUGCCCUUAAUCCUCUCCCUGGCAGCUCCAGGUAGCCCAUGUCGCUUCCUCCGGCCCUUGGCACGCCUCGCAGGGCAAUGGCAACCUGCACCGCAGACUGCCAGAUUCGUUCAUCCGCGCCAUGCAGCACGUAUGAUCCUACCAGCAUGUAUCCCAGCAGUACACUAUCGAGAGCGCCAGCCUGUAGCUCUGCGAACGCGCAACCCACCUUUUUCUCCCCAUGACGGCAUAUCGAGGUUUUCGACAAAACACUCUGCAAAGGUCGAUCAGGAGGAGCGCGCUGCGGAUGAAGAAGAAGAAGAAGAAGAAGAGGAGGAGGAGGAGGAGGAGGAGGAGGAAGACACAUUUGGGUUCCUUGAAGGAGAGGAAGGGACGCAAAGGACAGAGGAGGAGAUACUGUCAAGUCCUGAAGAUCGAUUCAGCAAGGUCAGGGCUGGUCUAUCUGCACAGGAUCAAAGUGCAGCACAUGAGCCAGACAUGUUCGGGUUCCUUUCUGAGGAAGAAGGAGGAAGAUCAAGCGUGGUUGAGGGGCUGAUGCAACCCAAAGCAAGCCCCAAAAGAAACCCCCCUCGUCUGUCCACAUAUACCCCGUUCACCGCGCAGAGGAGUCGUGGCUCGAGGAAAGCACAUCGGCGCAGUCAGCCUACAAUUGUGCUGGACUCCAUACAAACUUCGGCACGAGAUCUCUACUCCUCAGCUCCACUCUGCAAGAUGGAUCUGUCGCACGCCAGCCCAAGACGCAUCAUGCCCGGCGGCUACAGGCGGCCAGCCCGAGGCUCUUUGCCUUCACCUAAAGUGUUGCACGAUCACACGGCUCCGACUUCUUUGUACACACUAUUGGCGAGAUACUUGGCUCAUCUGACUGCAGCAGCCUCCAAGGACGCACCGUUCAUAUGCACCCGGCAAGAACACGAACUACUACAGCAGGAAGGCUUGACACAGGAGGUUGUGCAGACAUGGGCAUUUUCUCUCCUAGAGAUGAACUCCAACACCGGUGCUAGAAUCUUUCAGCGUGGUGCUGAAGCACCGCCCUUCUUCCUAGUCUUGCUUUUUCUUCGUCGUGAGCAUAUCAGGGUGUAUGCUCUAGGCGUAGUUCUCAACCACAUCAGCUCCAGACUUGAACAAGGGUCAAUAAGCUGGAAAACUCUGAAGAUGCUGGUCAUACGAAUUUUGCGGCAUGCGCGUAAAGUAUGGCCCGAAUCGAUCCCCUGGAUAUCCACCAUCUUUCUAGACAAAGCAGCAAAGAUACACGACAACGGCAGCGACACCAACACUCUUCCGCCUCGUACGCUUAGCGAAAUCACUCACUUUUGCAACAACCUGUUGUCGUUGCUAUCACUGCCUUCAUCCCUCCGGCCGAUGAUAGCGUCUCGUCACCAAGAGAAUGCGCAGUUUCGUGUCUUGCAAUUCAUGGCAGGAAACGAUCCAUCGAUUGCGGUAACACGGACUGGCUUCCGGGCAAUCGCGCGGAUUCAGCUCACGCACGCAAAAACCGAACAAGAGAGAGACUGGGCAGAGCUGAAAGGACCUUCGUGGCCUCCGUGGAAAGAGAGUCGGACGGCGAUGGACGAUGACAAGGGCUACGAGUAUGGUGCUUCACGAGCCUCGAAGAUCUUGCAUCGUAUGUAUGAAGCCGGGUAUGCUGCGCGCAGCUGGGAGGAAGUGGCCGAGGUGUAUGCCGGAUGGGACACCGACUUGAGUCCCACCAUACAGACACGAACGCUGCUUCCGUUCGGAUUCCGAGGUGAUUACACUCACCAACUAUGGGCGGCGCGCAUACGAACUACCAGGACUAGACGAGAGGCUUGGGCAUGUUUUCUCGCACACGAAACGUCGGGUGCAGCUGCACAUGAGGAGAUCUAUCUUGCUAUGUUCGAGAAGCUGUAUCACAUGGAGGUACACCGACGAUCGGACGGCGAACCACAUCAGGAUAUGUAUUCCGACGAAACACCAGAGCAUCCGGCAGCAACUCUGCUUCCUGGUGACAUGAAGGAGGUCUUGUCUGAGCCAUCCUCCCCUUUGCACAACGUCUAUCUCAGCGAACCAGUGCCUGCAUACGAACAACUAUACCGCCGUAUGAUGAGCAAGAACAUGCGACCCACGGGGAGGCUCUUGGCCUUCUUACUGGAGACCUACCCUGAUUUUGCUACCACCUUCAAACUCCUGGAGAGCGCCAAGGGUGACUUCGGUGGUGGCGUCGGUUGUUUACUGACUGGUAACCAUGGCGAAGCCAACACCGUCCACAAUAUCCCCGACUACUUCCUGGCCGCGUUUGUUCGAUUCCUUUGCCGCUUCGGCCAUCCUACAAGGGGGCUCUCGGCCAAAACAACCUUCUUGGCACAGGAUCAGCAUAUUCGUCAGUUCAUGUUCAAUGAGAACUAUCUUCUGGAGUACGCCUACGCCCUUCUCUUACACUACAAACCACGCUAUCAGCCUGCAUGGACCGCGUUCAUGGAGAGAAUUGUGUUUAGCAGGUUCGGAAACAGGUCACUGUACCACGAGAAAGACAGUGCAACGGGCAUAACGGACGCUCAGUACAACAUCGUCGUCAAGCUUCUCGACACGCUAGCAUCAGUGGAUGUCGACGUUGAAGGGGACUUAUUCAACCUUGCAUGCACGGCUACCAGGUACGCUGCACAGGCUGUGCAUCGAGGAAACUUUUCGAUCGAGCAAGGACGCGACUUCUUGAGCACCCGGUCCUAUCGUCUCCGUACACUCUUCCAUCAUCUUGUGGGCGCCCACGCAGAUCCGGGUGUGCCAGUCCACACGACUAGCAUUCCGCCGCACAUGCCAGGUCCUGCAGAACUUCACGCCUAUGUUCGUGCACUCGGUGUCCUCCGCGAUUACGAGGGGCUGUACUCCUUCUCCACAUGGCUCACAAAGCACAAUGUUGAAGUUAUAGCGCGUGCGCGUGCACAGCACGGCGGUAACGAUAUGUUGUUCCGCACGCUUGUAGCACUAAGGGCUGCUACCGGUGGAUGGUUGGAAGAAGGACUGGACAGCCGACCUACAGCACCUGAGGAGAUUAGGCAACUCAUCAAGACGCAAAUUGACAGCGUGGAAGAAUGGGGUGGGUGGCCGAGCAAGAAGUACGUCACAUUGUAUAUUGAAGGCCACGUAAGGAGUGCGACGCCAGAGGUCGGGGGCCGGUAA